AUGGCGUCUCAAGGCUUGGCUUCUUGGCUGAGCGGUCGUCUAUCCGCGUGUGCUGGUGCUACUUCAAUUGCAUCCGACAGUCAGCCGCAAGACAACAAGCGCGUGGCCGGCUUGAGCUCGGGCGUCAACUCACCGCUUGACAUCAGCUUCGCCCAGUUGUGCGCCAAAGACACGAUGCCGCCCAUGAGCGUCGAGACGCCAUCGCUCGUUGAGGAGAUUGACAGCGAGGCGGACGAUGCGGAGUUUGAUGAGCGGGCGCAUUGGUCGAGACGGAGCUUGAGGAAGAAAGCGCGAGCGUCUCAACGAGGCUCUGGAGCGGCAGUGGACGCGUCCCAGCCGUCAAUUGCGCGCUUCUGCGUGAAGGAACAAGUCGUGCUUGUAGCUGAUACAAAGGAGGAGGAGGUCGUGAAGAGUGACGGAGAUGAUGUGGCUGUUGGUUGUGGAGAUGUCGUAGACGUGGCAGAGAGCGGUGAGGAGAAGAAGGUGGAGAAGAAGAAGGUCAUUGAUAGGAGCAGGAAAGCGACAGUGGAGACUGGAAGAGUGGAGGUUGACAGCUGCAUGAAGGAGGGUGAAUCUACUGCUCGGAUGAGCUCUGGACGGCCGAAACGCCAGGCAGUUGUGCGGGCGGAGAUCUUUCGGCAGCAGCAAAAGUUGUUGGAUGCUGUGGCGGCGAGGAACGAGGCGGCUUCAUUUUUGACGCCGCCUCCGUCGACAAAGAAAACAGCAAAAGAGGGCAAUGCAACAACCAGUGGACGUAAGAGAAAACUGGAGAUGAACAGGAAGAUUAAGACGUCGCCGGUGAGGAAAGUCGACUCGACGACCAGCUCACCAGGUGUGGCCAAGACCGCUCAGUCGUUCUUUUUGAGCGAGCUGGAGAAGAAGCAGUUGCAGGAAAUUGAGACCGUGUCUUCCUUUCGGGAACAACUUCGACAGACACGGGAGAAAGAUCUGGCAUUUUUUGCUGGCAAAACGGCGAGUCCGUUCUUUCAAGCGCGAGCUUGUAUGAAGUCUAGCGUCAGUGCUGACGACGAUGAUGCUGAAAUGUAUGAAGAUGGAGCGACCAAGCAAUGGCAGGGUACAAGCGGGGGUGGUCGCUGGGGUAAGCCAUUGCCACUAUUUCCCGACGUACAACAUGUGUUGAUCGAGUGUGGAGAGACUGAAGGUAUGGACAGAAUCGCUAACGGCUUAUCACCAUCGAAGAAAGUCCUACCUGUAGUUGACGAGUCCGCUGCGGUAAUAGUUGUGGACGACGAUGCAGCAGCAGGCAGUAGGUUGACGAAUGGAGUGAUGGAUCAGCUAAAAGCAGCCAUGAACGGGCAAGUGACUACUGAGUCUUCGUUUUCUGAACAGUUCUGGUUUCGUGAGUACUUGGACGCGUCCAGCUUACCCGCUCGAGUCAUCAAGUGUAUCGAUGUCACUUCUCCCCGUCCAGCAGAGAAUGCAGACGCCGGUAUGGCAGAGCUGAUGAGAAGGCAGACGCUGUUGAUUGAUGAGUUAGUUGAGACGCAUGGGAUGCGCGAGAAACGAGUGCGCGAGCUCUUCGAGGGACUCGAACAGGCCAGGACAAAACGUUCGGAUCGCGAGCAGAACUUGUCGUUAGUAGACCGCUACUCGCCGGUCAAUGCUAGUGGUCUUGUUGGCAAUUGUGAGUCGCUUCACACGCUGUCAUCAUGGCUGAGUGCUUGGAAGGUAGGUGGUGGUGAUCGUGAAAAGCUGAAUUGUCUUGAGUCGAAGCUAUUCGCGUUCGAAGAUGGCGACAGCGAUAGUGAGGACGAAGUUGGUGACCUGUGCCGUUUGUUCAUCUUAGAGGGUGAAUCGGGUGCUGGUAAAUCUGCAGCCGUGUAUGCAUGCGCCGAGGAGCUAGGUUACGAGAUCAUCGAGAUCAACGCCGCUCAGAAUCGUUCCGGAAAGAGUAUUGUAGAGCUGGCAGGUGAAGCUACGCAGUCCGCUCGAGUGCUGCACGUGGGUGCAAAGGAAGGCAUGGGGAAGAAGAAGCACAAGAAGAAGAAGAGAAGACACUCUGAAAGCCGCAAAAGCUUGGAGCAGCCCACAGCGGCAUCGUUGUCACUUGUGAUGUUUGAGGAUGCAGACCUGGUCUUCGACGAAGACAAAGGGUUUCUUAGUGCCGUGUGCUCUAUCGCCAAGCGUUCAAAGUGCCCUAUUGUUGUAACGUGCUCGCAGUUGCCUGACACAUUCCCCGCUAAGCCCGGACGGCUGUGUUGCGAGCUUCGCAAGCCUUCAAUGGACGAGUUUGCAACUUGGAUGCGGCUGGUAGCCUUCAUCGAAGGCCUGCAAUUAGCACCGUCACUUAUUGAUGCGAUGGGCAACUUUUUCAAGCGAGAUGUUCGCCGCUCGCUGCAUUUUCUCGAGGCAAAUUUGCCCGUGUCCGAUGCAAGCAAGGAGGCACAGUGGUGUUGGCAGCACGUUGUAGGCAAGAAGAACAUGUCCAAAGUUGAUGUCCCUGCUUGGACUUUGUGGACGACUGGGUCUUCGUCCUUCGACGCUUUGACGAGUAAUUUGCUAUCAGAGCUUGCAGCAGCUACUGGAUCAGCGGGUAAACGCCUUGGCGACAAAAGCCGCGAAGAGAAGCAAGUGGAAGUCGACGCUAUGGCGGAGUUAGCGCAGAUCAUAGAUGCUGUUUCGGUUGCAGAAGUGUGGAUGGCACCCACCUCGGCAACUGGUCAUGACACUGAUGACACCAAGGAUUCGUUCUUCCACCACGAACGUCAGCAUCUUGCUGCGCUGGAGCUGAGACGUUCUAGUCUUCAUAUGCUGGGAUCCUCAGCCAGUCGUCUUGGUGCGUCCCUCAUGCAGUAUGAAGGACCCGUCGCCUCGAAAUGCGUGCACCGAACAUUAGACAGCGCUCUUGCAGCUUCCAGACGACGGUAUCACCAGACGAAGUUAGCAGAGCUGAAAGCCAAGUUCGAGCUCCCACUUGCAUACAAAGGAUGUGGGACCUCAGAGCCGCGAUUUACGCUCGACUAUAUGCCCAUGGUGGGGCGUCUGCUAUGCAGCACCGGGCUGCAAGAAGGUCGACGACGGGCAUCUCGACGCAACCACUAUUUGAGUGACGUGUUGGGGGACAUGAGCCUCAUUGACGACUUGCCAGCUUUCAACACGUACUUGCAGUCGGACAUGGACCAGAUCGUCGCUGCCUCCCCAUCUUCCCCGCAGUAA